AUGUAUCUUCGACAUGUAUUUCUAAAUCUGAGAUCUAUUGCUUUUCCUCGUAUUCAAAAUGUUAAUAAAUCAUUCUAUCGUCCAUUAUCAUCACAUAAACAUAAAAAUGAAUUUGAAGUUUCUACGGUAAAAAAAUCUCCUGAUAAAGGUGAUGACGACGAUGAUGCAGAUCUUAAAUCUGUUAUUGAAACGAAAGCUGCACGCAAAGAACGUGAAAAAGCUGAAUGGGAUCGGUUAUCAAUUGUCGAAAAAUUUGUUAAAAAAUUUUUUCCAUCCCAAAUCAAUUCAAUUGCAAUUCUUAUUGUUGCUGGUAUUGGUUAUGUGAUAUGUGAGCAAAUAAAAAAUGAUUAUGAAAUAAAAUAUACAUUUCGAAAUGGUUCAUGUCCAAAUUUUAAAUUUAAAGAAGAACAACUACUCGAAAGAAAAUCUCUAUUAGAUACACUGACAAGUAUUGUUACACCUGUUGCUGAUAAACUUGUUUCAUCCUACUAUAUUGUACUUGGAGAACACGGAGUUGGAAAAUCUACAUUAAUACGACAAGCAGCGCGAAAUGUUGGUCAAGGUGUUAUUUACGUUGAUGUUCCAUCUAAUGUUGAUAAAUUUGGUUUUGCUUUUGCCCGUGCAAUUAGAUUUAAUUUUAAAGAACAUAUUCGUUUAUCAACUUGGAUUGAAUCAAAAAUGUUCGGUUCACCACCUGACGAUGGAAAAGAAGCCAGUUGGGAACGUGUGAUAUUGACAUUUGAAAAAUAUGCAAUUGACUUUAAAAAAAGAUAUGGUUCUGUACCUAUAUUAAUCUUUGACAAUUGUGAUUCACUUGCAAAUAAAGAUCCUAAAAUGCUUGAAAUAUUACAAGAUACAGCCAAAACAGCUAUUGACGAUUCAACAUGGGUCACAGUAUUUGUUACUUCUGUUGGAAAUGCACCUGAGCAGAUGGAAGGUCGAAGUAGUAUUACACGAGCAUCAUCUUUUAUUGAAAUAUCUGAUCUCUCAAAAGACGAAACAAUGACGUAUUUAUUAGAAAAAAGAAACCUUUCAAAAGAAAUGGCAGAUAAUCUUUACGGUCUUUUUGGAGGACGAAUAAAAAGUUUACAAAAUGCAGCAUCAAAAUUAGAAAGUGGUGUACCAUUUACCUCCAUACGCAAAUCUAUUUUACAAGAUACGGCACGUCGGAUAGAGAAAAUCAGAUGUCGAGGAACUACGCAAGAGCAAACAUUUCUAUUUAAUGUUCUUUGUGGCUUAUUAUAUCGACCUGAAUUAACCGUUGACGAAUUAAUUGAAAUGGAAGAGGAUGUUAGUAUACGACAAAAUGUAUUAGAUGAACUUCGUAAUGAAACACUUCUUAUACGAUCUGUUUCAACUGGUUCAUAUAUUUAUCAUAGUCAAGUUAUUAAAGUAUGCGUCGAAGAAUAUUACAAAACUAAAUGUUUAAGUUGCAAUGCAUUAAAAGUGUAA